UUUAAACUUGUGUUUCGCCUGAUGUUCACAGUUGAGUGCGUGACAGCUGCGCAAACAUCUGUAUGAGCCACUGCGGAAUGAGAGCCAUGCGCGCGCUAACAGCCGUGUUUGGCGUUCUAAUCGUCCUGAAGGAGACUGAAGCUUGGGGUUACAAGAAUGGAAUACUGCACAACUCCAUCUGGCUGGAGCAAGCAGCUGGAGUUUACCACCGCGAAUCUCGCAAGGGAAGAUAUCAGCUGACGUAUAAGGAAGCCAAGGCCGUGUGUAAAUUUGAGGGGGGCACUCUUGCUACGUUUGAUCAACUUGAAGCUGCUCGCCAAAUUGGGUUCCAUGUGUGUGCAGCCGGAUGGUUUGAUAAAGGACGUGUGGGCUAUCCUAUUGUUAAAGCUGGCUCCAACUGUGGUUUCGGAAAGGUCGGAAUCAUUGAUUACGGAUACCGGCUAAACAAAAGUGAGAGAUGGGAUGUCUACUGCUACAACCCUGUAGCCAAAGAGUGUGGAGGAGUGCACACAGAUCCAGAGAAGGUUUUAGUUUCUCCUGGUUAUCCAGACGAGUACCAGGAUGAGCAGAUUUGCUACUGGCACAUUCGUGUUCGCUUCGGCCAUCGAAUCCGCCUGCACUUUCUGGACUUUGACAUUGAGGAGGAUACAGAUUGUCUCAGCGAUCACCUGGAGAUCUACGACAGCUAUGAUGAUGUUUCAGGCUUUGUUGGAAGAUACUGUGGUGAUCAACUUCCAGAUGACUUCAUAAGUACAGGAAACGUCAUGACUCUGAAGUUUCUCUCUGAUUCUUCGGUGACAGCUGGAGGCUUUCAGCUGCAGUACAUCUCCGUGAACUCCUCGCAGCUCUAUGACCUUCCUGCUGACUCCUUCUCUUGACCACUGCAUAUUUAACACAACAAACUCACAGCUUUUUUUAAACAACUGUCUAUUUUAUAUUUUUACUUUAAUCACUGGUGCAAUAUUGAAGCAAUUAAUAAUCACAGAUUUAGACAUGGGCCUGUGAACAUUUCUCAAACACACUUACAAUAGUUUAUUGAAUUUGUCUGAUAACAGUGUUUAAUAUGUUGCAGUGUUUUAAUGUGAACAUCAUUUAAGAAAAAUCAUAUAAGUUACAAUCUUUUAGUUAUAUUUAUCAUUCUCUUGGAAAUAUAACUUGCUUAUAAUGCUUAUAAAUACAGUUUUGCACAUCUGUUUAAAUUAAGACAAAGCUGAUUAUUAAAGAGAUAGUUUACAUAAAAAUGAAAUCUGUGAUCAUUUACUGUCAUGUUGUUCCAAACCUGUAUGGUGUACUUUUUUCCACGUAAAAGGAAUAUUUUCAGAAAGGCCUCAUUGUAUUUUAGUAUAUAUAUGAUAAAAAAGGGAAAUCCGAAAGGGAAUUUCACAGCAAUGCUAAAAACCACUUUGAGUUUCCUAAAGAACCUUUCAGAGAGCAUUUCUAAAAGCACUUUCACCCAAAAUUAAAUGAAAAUUUUCACAUAGAUUACUCCCUCUUAAUUGGUUCUAAACAGUGGUGUAGUCCUAAAAUAAAAGGUGGUGUACUAUUACCCACCCAACCCACCCAUGCUGUUUUAUAAUUUUACCUGAACGUUUCAGCGAGACAUCAUUCAGUUAACUUCGAAAAACCCACAAAAUUUUCUCACAGCUUCUGUGGUCGUCAGGGGGAGGGUAAUGGCGCAAAAUUAAAACAAAAAUGCACCAAUUGCAACAAAUUAGGAUGAGAGUUUAAAAAAAUUUGGUAUACAGUUAAAGGGGAAGUCUAAUUAGCAAAACAAGUGAGUAUACCAAGGGUAUACGCAAUUAUUGAUCCUCAGAAGUCAUAAUACCCAAACAGCUAGUGGAAAAAAGUAGGCAUACUGAGUAUACGUGCGUAUAGCCCCGACUACACCACUGGUUCUAAACCUUUAUUAGAACAUAAAAGAAAAUAUUUUGAAGAGAGAUAUCGGUUACAUUUGACAUGUUGAAGUAAGAAAAGCAAAUACUAUGCAAGUCAAUGGUUACAGGUUUCCAUCUUUCUUCAGAAUAUCCUAUUUAGUGUUCAACAGAAGAACAGAAGAAAGUCAAACAGGUUUGGAACAAGUAACUGGUUAGUAAAUAAUGACAGAAUGUUCUGUUUUAUCCUUAAAAUAACCCCUGUCUGAGUGUGAAGGACGUUUUAACUAUUCAAAAAUAUUAUUAUACCAUAAAUGACCUUUUGUUCAUUGGAAAGGUUCUAUUAUUAGAAGCAUCAAUGGCAAUAAAGAACUUUUAUAAAGAAUAUGGUUUACACCUAAUGCUUACAAACAUCCUUUGUAAUUGAUGUAUUUAAAGUCUAUGGUUU